AUGGAGAGCUGGUAUAGUCUGGUCAAGCAGGACAGGCUGAGGAGGUUGAUCGGGCUGGAGAGCUGUUGUAGUCGGGUCAAGCAGGACAGACUGAGCAAGUUGAUUGGGCUGGAACUCUGGCAUAGUCAGGUCAAGCAGGACAGGCUGAGUCAGAAGUGGUUUUCUCUGGCAGCGCUCCACUCGUUUUGUGUAGCAAUCUUGCAGGUGACUCAAAGUGAGGGAAGGACGAAACCUUAUGAGUCAGCUUCUGAAUCAGCGACCCUGUGUUCUAGAUGGACGAUUAGUGGAACGCUGGCCCCUCAUGUCCAGUGGCAAGUCAUGGUCUACCUGAGUGACAGUUUGUUAGAUGGAGGCUUUGCUGGCGGCGCACUCAUAUCCAACCUUUGGGUUUUGACAACUGGAAGGAAUCUGUUUGUCAAAAACAGUCGGCAGGACAUUCGUGGAAAAAAUCUCAUCAUGCCUAAAGUGCAUCUUGGAAUUUCACAUAAAGAGGAAGCUCCAAAGAGCUCAUAUAUUACUGUUGUGCAGGUUAUUGUCCACCCAGGUUUCCAAAACCAAUCUGACUGGGACAGCGAUUUAGCAUUGAUCCAACUGAAGGAACCUGUAGUUAUUAGCCGGAUGGUGACCCCCAUCCCUCUGCCAAGGAGUGACCAGAGCGUGUGUGCCACCCAAGGUGCUACAGGGGUCAUGACGGGAUGGGGCUAUGGUUACCACUUCACAACAGCCGCCUCACUAAAGCACCUGCUGCUUCUUCUGGCACCUCAUACCGAUUGCAAAGCAGAAUAUGAAAAUACAGACUACACGCCGACUUUGGAUGAAAACAUGUUGUGUACUGGGCCAAAAUAUGGAGAAAACGUGUGUAUGGGUGACGCAGGAGGUGCUCUUGCUAUCAAAGAUCCUCAAAGUGGAGAUGUGUUUGAUAAACACAUCUCUUAUGAUAAAUCGUGGGAGCUGAUUGCUCUGAGGGCCUUGUGGAAGUUCUCCUCAUUAGAGGAGGUAGCGUUUGGAACAAAUGUCGAUGUGACCACAAACGCCGCCUUUUUCGGCUAG